AUGUCCGGGUUCAAAGCUUCUACUGACUGCUCUCCUUUUUCAGCUACUAACAGUGCUCUUGACAGCUUCACUGUUCUUAACUCCCCCCUCCGUGAGUGAACAAAAAAACUUUGUUCACUCACUUAGGGGAGUUUAUUUUUUUUUUUAAAAAAAAUCUAAUUGUAAAAAUUGGUAGCAAAUAUAUAAAAUUUAUGCUUUAAAACAAAUGUUUUCAAAAUUAAGCAGAAUUAGCUCGAGAUUUCAUUAUACUAAAUAUCACUUAUAUAUCAAUUUUUUUCUCAUAAAAAAUUUUUGUUCACUAACGGGUUUUUUUGGGCAAAAAAAUAGCGAUUUUUCCAAUGGUUUUGUUCGCUCCGGAGGGGGGUAAGAGACUCGAAAAAGGAGGGACAUCCAUCGUAAAGCUUGUUCAAAACCCCUCCACAAAAGAUCUAUACGCAGCUAAAAUACUGAAAAACUCGUCCCGAAGCUACUCUCAAAACCUGCUGCUGUUCGAAAAAGAAGUGAAUUUCCUUCGAAAGCUCUCACACAGCAAGAUAGUCAAACUUUUAGACUAUAAGACCAAUGGAACCUAUACAAAGAAAAACAAUAAAGGUCAGUACUUUUGUACAUACAUUCUUAUGGAGUACUGUCCUAAUAAGGAUAUGCUAGACUUCGUAAUGACUCAAAGGGCAUUGCCAGAAAGCCAAGCGAGAGGAUAUUUCUGUCAAAUUAUUGAAGCAUUAGAAGAAUGCAGCAGGUCAGGUAUAUGCCAUGGAGAUCUCAAACUUGAAAACGUAAUGCUUGAUGAGAAGUACAAUGCAAAACUUAUAGACUUUGGGUUCUCAAAAGACACAAGUAAAGGUGAGCUAGCUGAAUUUAAUGGGACUGACUGUUACAUGGCUCCAGAAAUAAGAGCCAGGAAAAAGUACAAUGGGACGAAAGCCGACGUGUUCUCAGCAGGCGUCGCUUUGUUUAUUAUGUAUAUAGGUGCCCCUCCUUUUGCAAGAGCCAGCCCAAAUGAUAGUCUCUACAAACUUUUGUUAUUUAAUAGAGAAAGAUUUUGGGAGGUCCAGCAAAAGAACUCACCUGAUAAGACGAUUACAAAGGAAUUUAGAAGUUUAAUAGAAAAAUUACUGUCAUUUAAUCCAGGAAGCAGGCCAGAUUGGAGCGCAAUCAAAGAUGAUGAAUGGUGUCGCCAAGACCUGUAA